GAGAGUACGUUCGGAAACACCACCCGAGUGACUCCGUGUAUCGUCUCAUCCUUGUUUAACAUUCGAUGAACAACAAGGAUAAAACGAUACAUGGAGUUACUCGGGUGACGUUUCCGAACGUAACCCGAGAUCGCGAUUACCGUGCGAGCCCGCCGUCGCGGUUCCCUGCGCGCAGUCGACUCGCGGCCUCCCAUCACCGUCGUACCUGCCGCGGAAACCCUAGGUUAUGUCGCCGUGUUUAUACUCGCCGUGAUCCCGCGGAUCGACUGACAACGCGGUCUCGCUUCUGCUCGCGACGAUCCAUCGUUGAAACGGUGGACCUCGUGGGGGGAUCGCCUGGGCGAAAUAUGAGAAGGAUACACCUGGGACAUCGACUGGGAAAUCGGCAGCGGUGCUACUGCGUCGUGUCCGCGAGUUAAUUCGAUACGGCCCGAGAAGAUAGCUGUGUGUGUUAUGAGUGUUGGUUUAUCCAUGUACGAUGGCUUGGAGAGUGAGACUCCUCCUGAUGGCCUGGAGAGCGCUGGGGGUACUACAAAAAAACUGGCAAGAGGCAUCUCCCGUGCAACUGAAAAUGCAGCAAUUGUUUCCUAUGCUCGCUCACAAUUGGCAGCCUUAGGAAACAUAGAUACACCGGAAUUUACAUUUUCAUUGCCAGAUCUGUCUGUAUAUCCAGACUCGUUCCGUAAAUUCUUGGAGAAAGAUCUUAUAGAGAACGGAUGCCUGAGUUCCUUAGAGGCUGCAGGUCGUUUAAACUGGUGGUACAAAAGUGGAAGCACCAGAAUCCUUUGGCCACUAGCAACAACUGGAGAUGGCAAUUGUCUGCUUCAUGCGGCAUCAUUAGGGAUGUGGGGCUUUCAUGAUAGAUUACUUACUCUGAGAGAGGCAUUGCACAAUACUCUGAAAGGAGAAUACAGACAUGCACUUUUUAGACGGUGGAAAUGGAGACAAACGGGUCUCAACGCGGCAGCCGGAUUAUCAUAUACGGAAGCGGAAUGGCUAUCGGAAUGGCAAAGUAUAGUGGAUAUGGCCUCUCCCGCAAUCAGAAACCCGACUGCUACCUCUUAUCAGAGCCUUGAAGAGAUACACGUUUUAACAUUGGCCCAUGUCUUAAAAAGGCCUAUAAUAGUUAUAGCGGAAACUAUGCUAAAGGAUGCAGACGGAGUAGCUUUAGCGCCGAUCCCAUUCGGUGGAGUGUAUUUACCUUUGGAAGUGUCGCCUUCUCGUUGUCAUCGAACUCCCUUACUCUUGGCAUAUCAUUCUGCCCACUUUUCCCCGCUUGUAACUGUAGACGGAUGCAACGAUUAUGGCAGCGCUUGCGGCGAAGGAGUUAGUAUACCAUUAGUGGAUCCAGAUACAGGCAAACUGUUGCCAGUCUUAUUUGCCGUGGAUCCUGGUCCUGACUGGGAUUGGAUUGACGGUUCACGAGAGUUGUUAACUUGUACACAGGAGACCAUGGAAAUUUUAUUGCGACAAUAUUUAGAUUGCGAGUAUCAAAGUUUUACGUCCGAAGAUAUUGAUAGGCUUUCCGAUACGGAUGGUUCUCUGUCAAAGACCGCGAAACAAUUGUUAGAAGUCGCGAAACAAUUUGGUUCUAUUGGCAAAUCUGUCAGUAAAAAACUGUUAUGGUCUAUGACAAAUAAAAGGCCAAAGAGUCCGCCUUCCUCGAGUGGAAUUUCUACGGAGGGUUUGUUGUGUGUGAGAAUAAAGAGUAGACGUCAUGAGUAUGUGGAUCAAAUGCUUCAAAAUUAUCUCCAGUGUGCCCAUGCAAGAUAUCUACAAGAUCAUCAGAUAGACGGUACGGGUAGUGAAUUGAAUUACGGUGCUGGAAAGUCUAAAUUUUAUGCUGCCAGUGAUCGUGGUAGUCAUGCGAGCGUUAGUAAACUAUUACCUACUAACACGAACAAAGAUCAUACGCUUUAUCUUUCAAGAUCUACAUUUUUUAACGAUCAGACUCCAUCGAAUAAUACGGGGCCAGAGAUUUGGAACAAUAGUGACAAUUUAAAGGACACCGUGAAGGAGUGCCGCAGUGAACACUGCCAAUUCUUUGGAUCACCAGAAAACCAAUAUUAUUGCUCGCAGUGCUGGGCUAAUCGUUAAACGGCCGUCCAUAAUCACACAUGACAAUAAUCUCGAUUUAAUAUAUCGUUCGGAGUAAGCUAUUAAAUAAUUUUUAGACGUAACGCUAGCCUUAAGAUAAAGCUUAUGAAUGUCCCACCAACAUAUCGUCGACAACAUCGCAAUGUCGUUUUCAGUUUUGUUUCUUUUUACAUUUUCUUGUAUUUAUUAACGUUUUCUAUCGUCGAAAAUUGCAUAUCAGAUGCACAGGGUUCGAUUAAAUCAUUUAUUACGAAAAACAUUUAUAGCACGUACUUUAUCGUUCCAAAAUGAAAAUUUGUGAUUUGGCACUCAGGGAAAAAAAUAGUUUUUUUUUUUACGAUUUCGAUAUUGUGCCUUCUGUAUGCAAACAAAAAAUGACGAUGAUACAUAUCUUAUAUAUUCUUAUAUCAUCGCGGUAAAAAUAUUUACUCGCAACUACCUCUACAGUUCUUGAUUGCAAUGAUCAAUAUAAUGACUAUAUCAUUUUAUAAUUUUUUUUUGUAUUCAUAAAAGAUAAUAUGGAAAUAUUAUGUUCAUAAUCUCAUUGUCCUGUGCAAUUGCUGUGUAUGUAAAACUAUGUAAAGAAUAAAACAUAUUUUUAUAUGUA